AUGACAUUGUUGAUUCGACCUGACAACGCUGAAGAGUCCAAGGGCGGAAACACUCUCGUCGAGGCUCGUGACUUGUCCAGGCGCGCGUCUGUUCUCAUCCUGACUCCAUACAAAGAACAAAAACGUCUGUAUGAUCUCUUGCUGCGACAAUUGACCGAGGCCGAAGUCCCUAAGGAUCUGGUUGAAGUCCGAACUGUUGACGACUCACCCAGUCAUGAAGCGGAUGUCGUCAUCCUCGACUUGGCGCGCACCGUAAAGAAGGGUUUCGUCAACGAGGCCCCUCGCAUGAAUGUCGCUACGACUCGUGCUCGUCUUGGCCAAUUCGUGAUUGGUCCGGGCAAGAAGACUCCCCUUGAGUGGCCCUUGAACCACCUCGUUGCUUUCCUCGAGGAACGAAGUGCAGUCAUCAAUCUCAAAGACCGCUGCCGUUGGUACUUUAUGUGCAACAACUGCUGUCAGCCCGGUCACAUUGCUACCGAGUGCAAAUUCAAGCCGAAGUGUGUUCGGUGCGAUGGAGCAUCCCAUGUGACUCGCAACUGUCCUCGCGUGGAGGAGGACGCGAUCUCGACAUCCGCAUCCGAACCGAUCACUGCUGACGAUGGCAUUCAGCGAGAUGUUCUCAACCAUCCACGUGUCAACUUCUCCGACUCGAAGCGAUCCAAGAAGAACAGCACCACUCGUGAGGAAGCGUUUGCUAAGCCCGACAAACACAAGGACGCUAUGCGCAAAGCCUUUCGCAAUGCUAUGCGAGGGAUUCGUAAGGUCAAGAAGGACCAGGGCGUCCAGGAUGUUGAGACUGACGAGCAUGAUCAGGUGGGCGACGAUGGAGCUGACGAUGGUGUCUGGUAA